AUGGCAUCGCCGCCUAAGCCAUGGGAGAGGCCCGGCGCCGCCACGGCCACCCCCGGUUCCGCCGCGAAUCCCGCCCUCUCAUCCGCCACCGCUACGUCCUCCUCGCCGUCAUCCGCCGACCCCCCUCCAGUACCUGAACUUCCCUCCUCCCUCUCCUCGGCCGUCAACCAAAACGCUGCCGCCUACAGCCGCGUCGGUGCCGGCGCUUCGCCAUACAGCGCCUACGGCGGCGCCUACUCGUCUCCGUACUCAAGCCCAUACUCGCGCUUCGGCGGCAUGAGCGGCAUGGGCGGCAUGGGAGCCAUGGGCGGCUAUGGAGGCGGCAUGUAUGGAGGCUACGGCGGUGGCAUGUAUGGAAGCAUGUACGGCGGCGGCAUGUCCGGCAUGCCAGGGAACCCAAACGACCCUAACAGCUUGACGAAUCGCUUCAACAACGGCACCGCCGCCACUUUCCAGAUGCUCGAGGGCAUCGUCACCGCAUUUGGAGGCUUUGCGCAGAUGCUCGAGAGUACCUACAUGGCCACUCAUUCCAGUUUCUUCGCCAUGGUCUCCGUUGCCGAACAGUUCGGCAACCUGCGCGACACCCUCGGCUCCAUCCUCGGCAUCUUCACCCUCAUGCGCUGGAUCCGCACUCUCAUCGCCAAACUCACCGGCCGCCCUCCCCCGGCCGAUGCCACCGCCCUCACUCCAGCCGCUUUCGCUCGCUUCGAGGGCCGCGCCCCCGGCCCUGACGGCACCCCGGGACCCACAAAAGCCAGCCGCAAGCCCCUCCUCUUCUUCCUCGCCGCCGCCUUCGGCCUCCCCUACCUCAUGUCCAAGAUGAUCCGCUCCCUGGCCGCCUCCCACGAGGAAGAGGAGCGCCGGCUCCAGCAACAGGCCCUGCAGGCGCAGCAGGCCGUCGACCCGUCCAAGCUCGAGUUCUGCCGCCUGCUCUACGACUUCCUCCCCCCGGCCAACGGCUCGGGCCUCGAGCUCCAAGUUCGCAAGGGCGAUCUCGUCGCCGUGCUGAGUAAGAACGACCCGGCCGGCAACCCGAGCGAGUGGUGGCAGUGCCGCUCCCGCGACGGGCGUCAGGGCUACCUGCCCUCGACUUAUCUCGAGCUUCUCAAGCGGCCCGGCCAGGAGGUCAAGAAGAUUCAGGCCAAGCCGGCGAGCGUGGCCGGCGAGGACGUGUCGACAACGAGCACUGUCGAAUCAUUGCCGGAAGAGGGCAAAAAGGAAUACGCCACGGCGGGUGGUAUGCAGAGAAGUCACUUUUACUCGUGA